AUGUCUCGUGGCCAUUUGCUCACUGAUGCUGAAAAAGCCUUCAUCGACGCGUUCAAAACCUCUGGUUGGACCAACAGGGCUAUCGCGAAACAUCUAAAUCGUUCCCACGAUUGCAUUAAUCGUUUUGUAUCGAACCGGACCCGCAACAAUCAACCCAACAAGGCUGGACGUCCUCCAAAACUCAAUUCAAGAGCCAAACGAUCAAUCGUUCGUGUAAUUUUUUCGGACGAGAAAAAAUUCAAUCUUGAUGGACCCGACGGAUUCAAAUCGUACUGGCACGACUUGCGGAAGGAUCCAGCCGUUUUUGCCAAAAGGAAUUUCGGGGGAGGCAGUUUGAUGGUAUGGGGAGCAUUUGCUUCGGCUGGAUACUUGGAGCUCGCUUUCACCACUUGUCGAAUGAACUCCACAGACUACCAAGACGUUCUCCAGAACCACCUUAUCCCGUUUCGUCGUCGAUUCAGUCGCCGCCAGUUCAUUUUUCAGCAAGAUAAUGCUGCAAUCCAUGUCAGCCGCUCCACUUUGGACUGGUUCCAAUCGAAAAACAUCGAUGUCUUGCCAUGGCCAGCUUGCUCUCCAGAUCUGAAUCCGAUGGAAAAUGUUUGGGGCGAGCUGGUUCGUCGUCUUUACCGCCAUGGAAAGAAGUAUGCUAGUAUUGGAGAGCUUCGGGAUGCGCUGAUUGCUGAGUGGAGUCUGCUGGAGCAGGAGUUCAAGACUAAGAGCACCCAAUACAUCCAAAACCUUAUCAAAUCGAUGCCAAAUCGUCUCUUCGAUGUCAUUGCUGGUAAAGGUUCAUCCACAAAGUAUUGA